ACGUUCUUCAUGGAUUGCACUUUUAUGCUGAAUGAAACUAACUUAUAGAAUAUUUACUCAACUAAGGAGCACAUAACUUCACCCCCUUAAUCAACAGCAUCAUGGAUGCAGAAGGUUUUGGAGAGCUUCUGCAGCAGGCAGAGCAGUUGGCUGCAGAAACAGAAGCUGUGUCUGAGCUGCCGCACGUUGAAAGGAACCUWCAGGAGAUCCAGCAGGCCGGGGAGAGACUUCGGUCUCGUACUCUGACCCGCACUUCCCAAGAUGCAGCWGAUGUUAAAGCGUCAAUCCUCCUUGGUUCCAGAGGUUUAGACAUCUUCCACAUUUCUCAGAGACUGGAAAGUUUAAGUGCUGCCACCACUUUUGAGCCUCUGGAGCCCGUCAAAGAUACAGACAUACAGGGCUUCUUGAAGAACGAGAGGGACAACGCCCUCCUGUCAGCCAUCGAAGAGUCUCGCCGCCGGACGUUCCUGCUGGCUGAGGAGUACCACCGUGAGUCCAUGCUGGUUCAGUGGGAGCAGGUGAAGCAGAGAGUUCUUCACACUCUAAUCGGAGCCGGAGAAGAUGCUCUGGACUUCAGCCAAGAUGUGCCAAGCUUUGUGAGUGAAGUGACAGCUCCAGGAAGGAGCGCUUUGGACAGUGUGGAGGUGGCUUAUGGUCGACAGAUUUAUAUUUUCAACGAGAAGAUCGUUAAUGGACACAUUCGGCCUAAUCUGGGGGAUUUAUUAGCUUCAGUUGCUGAAAGCUUUGAUGACAAGAACGUGUCKGAGUUGUGGCUGAUGGUGAAACAGAUGACGGACGUGUUGCUGGUUCCGGCCAAAGACACCCUGAAGAGUCGCACUUCUGUUGAAAUGCAGAUGGCCUUCGUGCGUCAGGCGCUCACCUUCCUGGAGAGCAGAUAUAAAAAUCACACAAUGGGAACGGUCUUUGGGAACCUUCAUCAGGCCCAGCUCGGAGGUGUGCCUGGAACGUACCAACUGGUCCACAGCUUCCUCAACAUCAAGCUGCCGGGCCCUCUACCUGGCAUGCAGGAUGGUGAGAUAAAAGGCCACCCGGUGUGGGCUGUAAUCUACUACUGCCUGCGUUGUGGAGACCUGAACGCAGCCAUGCAGGUGGUGAACCGGGUGCACCACCAGCUGGGAGACUUUAAGACCUGGUUUCAGGAGUACAUGAACAGCCCUGAAAAACGGCUUUCCCCGACUUCGGAGAACAAACUUCGCCUUCACUACCGCCGAGCGCUGAGGAACUGCGCCGAUCCCUACAAAAGAGCCGUUUACUGUCUGAUCGGGAAGUGCGACGUCAACGAUAAUCACGGAGAGGUGGCGGAUAAAACCGAAGACUACCUCUGGCUUAAGUUGAACCAGGUGUGUUUUGAUGACGACAGCAGCAGCUCUCCUCAGGACAGACUCACUCUGCCUCAGCUACAGAAGCAGCUGCUGGAAGACUACGGUGAGUCCCACUUCUCAGCGAUCCAGCAUCCCUUCCUGUACUUCCAGGUGUUGUUCCUGACGGCUCAGUUCGAGGCAGCCGUGGCGUUCCUGUUCCGUGUGGAGAGGCUCCGCAGCCACGCUGUGCACGUGGCCUUGGUGCUGUACGAGCUGCAGCUGCUGCUGAAGUCGUCCGGUCAGAGCGCUCAGCUGCUGAGUCAGGAGCCCGGCGACCCCCCGAUGGUGCGGCGCCUCAACUUCAUCCGCCUGCUCAUGCUGUACACCCGCAAGUUUGAGUCCACGGACCCAAGAGAGGCUCUGCAGUACUUCUACUUCCUGCGCAGUGAGAAAGACAGCCAGGGAGAAAACAUGUUCAUGAGGUGCGUCAGCGAGCUGGUUAUUGAGAGUCGAGAGUUUGACAUGCUGUUAGGAAGACUGGAGAAGGAUGGAAGUAGGAAGCCGGGCGUCAUAGAUAAGUUUGCCGGCGACACCAGAGCGAUCAUCAGCAAAGUGGCUCUGGAGGCGGAGAACAAAGGCUUGUUUGAGGAGGCGGUCAGACUCUACGAGCUGGCCAAGAACCCCGAUAAGGUGCUGGAGCUGAUGAACAGGCUGCUGAGUCCGGUCAUCGCUCAGGUCAGCGCGCCGCAGUCCAACAAAGAGAGGCUGAAGAACAUGGCGACGGCGACGGCUGAGAGGUACCGCUCUCAGGGAGUGGCAGCGGAGAAGACCGUUAACAGCACCUUYUACCUGCUUUUAGACCUGAUGACAUUCUUCGACGAGUACCACGCGGGUCACGUGGACCGCGCCUGCGACGUGAUGGAGCGUUUAAAGCUGCUUCCUCUCAGUCAGGACAGCGUGGAGGAGAGAGUCGCAGCUUUUAGGAACUUCAGUGACGAGGUGCGUCACAACUUGUCUGAGGUUCUGUUGGCCACCAUGAACAUCCUCUUCACGCAGUAUAAACGUUUGAAGGGAGCACCGGCGGGCACGCCGGGACGGUCGCAAAGAUCCACAGAGGACAGAGGCGCGCAACUGCGCAGCCAGGCCAGAGCCCUGAUCACCUUCGCCGGCAUGAUUCCUUACAACAUGGCCGGAGACACAAACGCAAGACUGGUGCAAAUGGAGCUGCUGAUGAACUGACCACACACCCCAAAACACACCUCACAUACACACCAAAACACACCCCUACCCCGCUGCAGAUCCUUGGAUUUUGACGACUGUCAUUCACAAACCCUUUUGUGUUUUUUAGUUUGAUUUAGGCUCCUGCCCUCAGCUCGAUCUUUACAAAUGUUUUGUUUUUCAUCCAUCUGAGUUCUUCUCAUCUGUUUGUUUGUUUUUUAUUUUUAUUUCUGUUUCAUGUUUGUAUCUUUUAAAUUUUUGGAAUAAAAAACCAAUAUUUUCAGUUGUCCUUUUUACGUUGAAACGUUAAA